CUUCUUCUCAACUCGUUUUGGGUUGCAUGGUGUUUCGUUUGGAAAGCACUUUCCUAACUCAUGUAGGAACCUACCGAGGUUGCUUUCUCUAACGGAGAGUCGUGGAAGAGAAGGGCUUCGGUCGAGAGUCCACGACGUGCCGGACGUCUCCACUUCCCGUCAGUAAUUAUAAAGCCGGCAUCUGUUCCCACUCCUUUCACCAAUUUCCAAAAAACUUGAAAGCCCCAUCGAUUAGGAGCGGAAGAUCCGUGCAUCACCAUCUUCUACAGCAAAGCUUCUUUCGUCAAAAUCAAUGGCUAACCAAGCUCGGUUUGUGAUUGUUUUGAUAGCCAGAGACAGUGAUGGAUUCUGCUGUCUCAAAAGAGAGAUCUUUGAUUUUGAGUCCUUUUUCAAGCCCGACUGCUGGGGAGUUACUGAGGAGAAAAAUACAAGCUUGGACACAAGAGUCGGGCUCACCUGUCUCCACUCAUGUUCGGGUCAGCGAUAGAAUCUUUGAUCUGCACGAGCCUCCGUUGCUUUUGAAGAGCGGAUACUUCAAACGGGCAUUGGCUGGAUCGAAGGCAUGUGAACUACCAGAUGAAUUCCCUGGAGGAUCGGAUAUCUUUGAAAUGGUAGUGCUAUUUAUCUAUGGUUCUUCCUCACUCAUUGACCCUUUUAAUGUUGCGGCUCUCCGAUGCGCCGCCGAGUUCCUUGAAAUGACUGAAGAUCACUGCUCAUGCAAUCUCUGUGAACGGGCCGACCUGUAUCUGAACCAAGUGGUUCUGCAGAGUUGGGAUGAUACACUGAUCGUCCUUCAGAAGUGUCAGAUGUUGCUUCCAUGGGCGGAAGAUCUACUGAUAGUUGGCCGCUGCGUCGAGUCUCUAGCUUUCAUGUCCUGCAUGGAAAUUCUUGAUCCAGAGCAGAGACGAGACCGACCUGUGGUCACAUUGCAUUCCUUAGUCGGCCGAGCUUGGGACUGCAAGACUGCCAUGGAAAUCGCUGGCCUGGACCUGUGGAUCAAAGAUCUGAUAGCACUGCCUUUUGAGUUCUUCAAAAGGAUAAUCGCAUCCCUAAGAAGACAAGGAAUGAAGGAGAAAUAUGUGGGACCCAUGAUAGCAUUUUACGCUACCAAAUGGGUGCUGUCGAAGAAGACCCACCAGUUUUGGGAGAACGCAGCUGACGAAAAGGGGGCCCAUGACGCAAGUAACAAAAUUUCCGUCAUCCUGCAAGGUAUAGUCGACUUGUUGCCAAUCUCGGAGAAGGCUACUAAAGUGAUUCCAGUCGGGUUCUACUUCGCCUUGCUUUCAAGAUCAUUGGAUCUUGGUUUAAGCAACAAAAGCAACAUGAAGUUACAAGAUCAGAUUGUGUCAAUGUUACACUUAGCAAGGGUGGAUGAUUUUCUCCUUCCUGAAAAUGGCAUGGGGUCCACUGCGUCCAGCAUGGAAUUAGAAACAAUGGAGAGGAUUGUUUCCAUUCGAGUAUCAUCUGAUGCAGAGGUGGGCCACACCCCUUUGGGUAGUAUUAGUGUUGUUGCAGAACUAUGGGAUGGGUAUCUUCGCCGAAUCGCCCUUGAUCCGAAUUUGGCACCCAGAAGAUUCAUGGAACUCAUCGAGAUCGUACCGAUAUCAGAUCGGCAGACCCACAAUAAUCUUUACAGAGCAGUGGCCACCUUCCUAAAGGAACACCCAGACAUAACCCACGAAGAGAAGUCAUCUGUCUGCAAAUACCUCAACUGCCAGAAGCUAUCACAGGAGACAUGCAUCGAAGCAGUCCAAAACGAGCUGAUGCCACUGCGUCUAAUAGUCCAAGCUCUAUUUGUACAGCAGCUCAAUACACACCAAGCCUUCAAAGACUGCUCAGAAUCGUUCAGAUACACACAUUGCAGCGAGCCAUCAGGAAGCCUUUCAAGCUCGAGAUACCAGCUCCCCAAGAGCCAGAAUCUUGGAGAAAGCCCAUGUAAACAAGGCAACCAAGAAGGAGAAACAGUCAAUAUGCCCUUGGGUUACUUGAUACAGAAAGAUCUUCCUUUACAAAGUUCGGAACUUGAUAAAGACGAUCUUGAGUCCACGAGCUUUAGAAUUCAAAGCCUCGAACAAGAACUCAUGUCCUUGAAAAGAACCCUUCAACAACAGAGCACCUCAAAGGGAUCACAGCAGUUCCCAGGAAAAACGAAGAGCUUUAGAAUAUCAGGCUUAGAGGCAAGAUCAGCGAGUAAGAAGGGAAAGCCACUUAGCCAAACUAGCAGUUGUAUUGGUUCCGUGAAUUGGGCUACUCAAAGAAGGUAUGUGGGUAGGAUACUGAAGAUAUUUCGGAAGAUGGCCUUGUUUGGAAGAGGCAAAUCAAAGAGAAAACAGGUUGCUUCAGGUCUUUCAGAUGGCCCAAGUCCUUGUAACAGGACACAAGACAUGCAUGAGAUGUACGGCUGUUGAAUCACUUCACACGGAAGAGCUUUUUUUCCAUUUUACAGAGAAAAACACCAUAAUACGAUCAACAUAAACACGCUAACAUAUGGAUAGACAUAGAUGCGUGCAAGAACAUAGAUAAUGCAUGAACACAUGCAUGCUUUUAUGCAGACAUGUAUAAAAGCUUGUGUGUGUGUGUACAUGCAUGUAACAUAUUUCUCCUUGAGGAAAGCCGUUGUUUCGCAUUAGUUUUCCUUGCAUGCACUUAACGGGUAAUCUACCAUUAUCAACAUAUAAAUGCCCCAGAGCAUUACAUACUUUUUUCUGGUAUUGUUAACUGCAAACAUGAAGAUACAGUUCCAAGUUUCUGAAAGAUUCAAGAAACUGGUUUAUGCUAUAAGUGAUUCAUUAGACAAAGGGAGCUAAUCCAGUCAUGGUUAAAAGACUCGGCAACUUGAACUGAUUCGUUCA